AUGGUAUUUUUAACUGUUCUACCAAUUGUUGGAAUUGGGGGUCUUGGUAAAACAACACUUGCCCAAACUGUCUUCGACGACGAGGAGAUUACUAAGCAUUUUGAAACCAAAAUCUGGGUUUGUGUUUCUAAUGAAUUUGAUAUUAAAUUGGUGAUGAAAGUCAUCUUAGAAGAAAAGGCGGAAGCACGCUCAGAAGAAUUGCAGAAAAAAGUUAGAGAAAAAUUGAGCGGGAAAAGAUAUUUGAUUAUAUUGGAUGAUGUUUGGAAUGAAAAUGUUGAGGCAUGGAAUCAGUUGAGAUCUAUCUUGGACUGUGGAUCAAAUGGUGCAUUUGUCCUAACAACGACACGUAAAAGAAAUGUGGCAGAAAUCAUGGGAACAAUUCAACAUUUUGAAUUAUCCUCGCUCUCUCAAGAUGAUUGUUGGUUAUUAUUCGAAGAAUGCGCAAAACCAAAACUUCCAAACUUUAUUAAUAUUGGUAAAGAAAUAAGUAGAAAAUGUAUGGGUGUUCCCUUAGUUACCAAUGUCUUGGGAAGCCAAUUGCGAUUCAAUUGUGACGAAAAGGAAUGGUGCAGAAUAAGAGAUAGUGAGAUAUGGGAGAUUUCACAAAAUGAAAAUUUAAUCUUGUCUAUUCUAAGAUUGAGUUAUUAUGACCUCUCUUAUCAUUUGAGAAGAUGUUUUGUGUUUUGUGCUAUAUUUCCCAAGGAUGCUGAAAUUGAAAAGGUGAGAUUAAUCCAAUUGUGGAUGGCCCAUGGUUUAAUUCCUAUAGUUAAAAACCAAGAAGUGGAAGAUAUUGGGAAUACAAUUUGGAAUGAGUUGUGUCGGAGAUCAUUUUUUCAAGACGAUAAAUUCGAUCAAUCUGGAAAUGAAAUAUGUAAGAUGCACGAUCUUAUGCACGAUCUUUCCAAAUCUGUUAUGAAAGAUGAAUGUUAUACUUUGGAUGUUAAUAACUCAAGUGAUGGUUUAAAACGAGAUAUCCGUCAUCUAACGGUAAGGGUUAAUGAAUUUGUCAAAACAUCAGUUCUUUCUCUUAAGAAAAUUGGAGGGUUGCAAUCACUAAUGUGCAAUGGCAUAGAUGUUGAAGGAAAUGUCACAAUGAAGAUUUGUUUGAGUGUUUUGAAGGAACUUCCGGUUUUACGUGUCCUUGAACUAAGGUGUAUUGAAGUUAAUGAAGAUCAUCACCUCACGUUUCAAAUUUUGUUUAAUAUUAUAUUUCGAAAACAUCACAUUUCUAGAAGUUAUAUGGGACAUCUAAAACAUCUGAGAUACUUAGAUAUUUCCUAUAAUUACUUAAUAAUAUUGCCUGAUAGUAUAUGUGAUCUUUUGAACUUACAGACUUUGAAACUCAACGGGUGUUUUAUGCUUGAAAGUUUGCCCAGAAAUACAAAAGAUCUUAUUAGUCUACGACAUCUUUAUUUGGAGGAUUGUUUUGGAUUAAAAUAUAUGCCUAGAGGGACGAGGCAAUUGAAACAUCUGAAGACGUUAAGCUUGUUUGUGAUAGGCAACAAGAAGAGAGAUUGCCAACUAGAUGAAUUAAAAGAAUUAGAUAUCGGCGGAUCAUUGGAAUUGAAGAACCUUGGAAGAGUUAGUGAUGCAUCUAUGGAAAGAGGGAUAAGUAUGGCUAAAAAGACGAGUAUCAAUGAGUUGGAGUUGGAAUGGAGAUCUGAUGAUGAAGAUGAGAGCAAGAGUACUAGAGAUGAGAAAAUUGGUGAAGCUCUAGAGGUUUCAACUGUAGGGCUGAAGAAAUUGAAAAUGAUUGGUUACAAAGGUGUGAAUCUCCCUAAAUGGGUGAACAAUGUGAAUACGAUUGCUAGUAGCAGCGUUGACAAUGAAAUGAUAGUACUAUUCCCUUUGUUAGAGGAACUCUAUAUUGUGAGAAUGAAGAAUUUGAGGGAAUUGGUGUCACCUAGCUGUUGGAGUAUUGGAGCAUUCCCUAAUCUCUGCAUGCUGUUGAUAAGUGAUUGCACAAAGCUAGGGGCCUUGCCACCGCAUCUCAAAUCACUCAAAUAUGUAAAUGUUGCUGGUAAAUGUUCGGAUGAGUUCGUGCGUGGCUAG